GCAAGUGAAUAGUUCAUUUUGAAAAACAGAUAACUCAGUUUAUUUAAUUUUCAAAGAUCCUUUUUAUUGUGCAUUCCAGGUAAUAUUUCACCAACUGCGGUUGGGUUUUUUUUUUAAAGUAAUUAUAACAAAACAUACAGCUAACUAACAAAAUAAAAACAACAAUACAAUAAAAACAAGACUUUGGAAUUUUCUUUUAAACCGAGUUAUCUGUUUCUUUAAACUCUUCAAAAGUCAAUAAAAACUAGUUAAUACAAACUCGUCAAGUCAAUAAUUGCAUCAAACAGGCCAAUGAUAGCACAAUCAUAAAAAAAGAUAUUCAAAUGGGCGUCACUUUUGACCUUGAAACACACGCCACACAUUCAGCACUGCUGGAUUGCCUUGCCAGAAUAUUAAAUUGAGCAAAAGCAAUCAUUUGUCAAAGCAACUGUGUGUUUGUUAUAAAAUAUCAACCUCUAAAUUGACAUUAAGUUGUCUCCGCAUAUUUGCUAGGACUGCAAAAACCUUUUUAACGAUAAAAGAAGUACAGUAGAUACAGACAACAACUACAUACAUUAAACGGAGUGAAAUUAACUGAAUAUAUGCAAUUUUAUGAUAUAAUGAUCCGAUUACUGGGAAGCCCAUUAGCCGGUAGCUCAUUGGCCAACGCAGUCAUCCCUUUCGAUUGUGUAAAAGGUUCUGGCACAGAUUCCUAUUCAUGUAUCUACAACACAUGGUAUAGAAGUGUCCAUCACUUACAAGCUGUGAUAGAUUUAAUAAUGGUGUGUUUGAAGCUAAUGAAAACCAUCUUAAUGACGUGUUCAUUUGGGUUCAAAAGGUCAGACGUUUAUGACAAUAGAUGCUUAACAUGUUAAAGAUAAAUAUUUGUGCCCGUGUUGAGAUAUGCUUCUUAAGUAGUUCAGGGCAAUUGAUAAAGUCACAGCAGAGCCUGUGGUUUAUUACAGUGUCUUCACAGUCCAUGAAAUACAUUUUUACAAAAUGACCAUUCCAUUUAAUUAAUAAAAAAAAAUCUCAGUGCAAAUCUUAAUGCUACCGCAUAUAAUGACAUUCUAGAGAAUUGUGUUCCUUUAACUUUGAAAUAAUACUUUGGACAGGGCCCUUUUUUCAUUUAAAAAUGACACAAAGCAGGAUCAAAAAAGAUAUGUUUGAUUUAGUCUAGUGUGGAAGAACUUGAGUGGUCCCAGAACUAAACCCAGCUGUACACCUCUGACCCAAACACCCAUCACUCAAACCCAUGAGGUGUUAAGUCAUUUCAGAACAGAAAAAGGGCCUCUUAAGCUUUUGCAACAGAGAUAGAGUUCUUUAAUAUUGUUGUAUGGUAUAGCAAUUAAGAGGAUAUCCCAAUACUUUGUCCAUAUAGUGUAUGAGUAAAUAUUGUAUCUUGCAUGCAUACUUUGUCCGUAGUUGAAAUUGUUCAGGCAAUCCUGCGUUAAAGAUUUAACCACACCAUGUUUAAUUUGCUGUGUGAUUGUGAGAAAAACUGUCUGUGCUUUAUUAACAGAACCUAAAGAUAGUAGCUAAAAUCCAGUCUGUUUCCUUGUUGUUUCACCUAAGAACAGUGUUGAUAAUCUCAGUUGCUCUUUUGGUAUAGUAACCUGUGACAUGCGCCUAUAGGGACAAAAAGCAUCUUUCUCUAUUGACAGUCAUUCAAAAGCAGCCAUUCAGAAAUUUUGAUAGAAAUGUUUGCCAGAAAUGUUUUAUUUAUAUUUUCGAGAAUUCUGCAAAUGAUUUACAAAUCAGGUUGAAAAAAACUUAAUCCAGAGCUGUGACCUAUAGCCAGACCUGUAUCCAGAAUUGCCAUUGAGGUGAAUAGAAAUCCUAACAGCUCUGUACAGAGCUUGACAGGCAUUCUUCUGAUCAAUGAGAAUUCAAUGCACGUUUGGAAAACUAGUUCACUGUAUUCCUUCUUGAGUUCAGACUGUCUUGCCUCUUUUAGACCUUAAAACGGACAUUACACAUUCCUAUAUGCCAAUCAUUUUGUCCGAAUUUUCUCUGGUGAACAUGUCCUCAUAAAUACACAAACAUGCAUCUCAACCUCAAUAAAAGCUAUUUUCAAGAUGGAAGUGAUGUGGACACUCAUGGUUCUCGGGCUUCAAGGGAACCUUAAACUUCCUAACAAGUUAUUCAUUAAUGAUUCCAAUCUCAGAUCUCUUUAGAGACAAUCUCUACUUUCAGCUCUGAGGCACAAACACACUUUUAUAACUAACUCCGAGUUCACACCCAUCACCAGACGCAUAUAUAUAGUUGAUUGUUUGCGCAUGCACACACAGCGGAACGCCAGGUGUCUCUACCGUCAGACUCGUGUCAGAAGGACCGCUGCUUGGUGGCACCUUGCCCCCCUGAAACGGCACCAAAAUGGGUGAAGAUUACUCUGGAUUUUCCUUCCUCCGAAAUGUACAAAAUAACGGCACCAUAGCGAUUAACAAUCCGGCUGACAUCUCUGUGAUCGUCAUAUAUUUUUUAGUGGUUCUGGCUGUGGGAGUAUGGGCAAUGGUGAGGACCAACCGAUCCACCGUAGGAGGAUUUUUUCUGGCUGGCAGAAGUAUGGUGUGGUGGCCGAUUGGAGCUUCACUCUUUGCGAGUAACAUUGGAAGUGGCCAUUUUGUAGGAAUAGCAGGGACUGGAGCUGCUGCUGGUAUUGCCAUUGGAGGGUUUGAGUGGAACGCUCUUGUUGUCGUGAUAAUUCUGGGAUGGCUCUUCGUGCCCGUGUACAUAAAGGCCGGGGUGGUGACCAUGCCCGAAUAUCUGAAGAAACGGUUUGGCGGGCAGCGUAUCCGUAUCUACCUCUCUGUGCUUUCCCUGUGUCUCUAUGUGUUCACCAAAAUCUCUGCAGAUAUGUUUGCAGGAGCCAUUUUCAUAAACCAGGCAUUGGGACUCAACAUUUAUCUGGCUGUGUUUCUUUUGCUGCUCAUCACGGCACUGUACACAGUAACAGGUGGACUAGCGGCAGUGAUCUAUACAGACACCCUACAGACCAUAAUCAUGGUUGUGGGAUCAUUUAUUCUUAUGGGCUUUGCGUUCGAUAAGGUUGGAGGUUACGAGAACUUUAAGAUUCAGUACAUGAACGCGAUCCCGUCAGUGAUCAACACCAACAUCAGUUCAAAGUGCUACACGCCCCGCGCAGACUCAUUUCACAUUUUCAGAGACCCCAUCAAGGGAGAUCUGCCCUGGCCUGGGCUCAUUUUCGGUCUCACUAUCCAGGCCGCCUGGUACUGGUGUACCGAUCAGGUGAUCGUGCAGCGCUGUCUGUCCGCCAAGAACUUGUCUCACGUAAAAGCUGGUUGCAUCUUGUGUGGUUAUCUCAAACUUCUUCCCAUGUUUCUUAUGGUUUUCCCUGGCAUGAUCAGCCGAGUCUUGUACACAGAUGUGAUUGCGUGUGUGGAUCCAGAAGAGUGUCUGCGCCAUUGUGGAACCAGUGUGGGCUGCAGUAAUAUUGCUUAUCCCAAACUGGUGGUGGACUUGAUGCCAAACGGUCUCAGAGGAUUGAUGCUAGCCGUCAUGCUGGCGUCUUUGAUGAGUUCUCUCACCUCCAUCUUCAACAGCGCCAGUACUCUCUUCACCAUGGACAUCUACACCAAAAUACGGCCCAAGGCCAAAGAAAAGGAGCUCAUGAUCGCUGGGAGGGUAUUCAUGCUGGCUCUUAUAGGCGUGAGUAUUGCAUGGAUCCCAAUCGUACAGUCAGCACAGAGCGGGCAGCUCUUUGACUACAUUCAGUCCAUUACCAGUUAUUUGGCUCCACCCAUCGCUGCCGUCUUCACACUGGCCAUUUUCUGCAAGCGAGUCAAUGAAGCGGGUGCUUUCUAUGGGUUGUGUUUUGGCCUGUUGGUUGGUCUUUCACGCAUGAUAACUGAGUUCGCCUACGGCACCGGCAGCUGCGUAAAGCCAAGUAAUUGUCCAUUCAUCAUUUGCGGUGUGCACUACCUCUAUUUUGCCAUCAUACUCUUCGGUGUAUCCUGUGUUGCCAUAUUAGCCAUCUCCCUUAUGACCAAACCUAUUGACGACAAGCAUCUGUACAGGCUUUGUUGGACUUUGAGGAACAGCACUGAAGAAAGGAUCGAUCUGGAAGAGGAUGACUGGACUGGAGAUCAAGACUCAAGCUCUAUGGAAACUGAAGAGGAACGUGACGAACCGGGCUGUUUCAAGAAAGCGUACAACUGGUUCUGUGGAUUUAAUGAGGGCAACGCCCCUAAACUGACUAAAGAGGAAGAGGCGGAGCUACAGUUGAAGCUCACAGAUACGUCAGAGAAACCUUUAUGGAGAAACGUGGUGAAUGCUAAUGCCAUCAUACUCCUUGCUGUCUGCGUCUUUUUCCAUGGCUUCUUUGGUUAAAAAGUCCAAAAGAAAUUCAAUAUGUCUGCACAAAAGUGUUUAUUUAGCUUCAAGGAAUUUUAAAGGAUUGCAGAGUAUUCCUCAAAGCAUCUUCAAUACUCUUCCUACCUAUAUGCCCUCUUGGUCAGACAGAUUAUAACUUAUAUUGUUGUUAUAGAUUCAUUUACAUUGUUUUUUGCUUGACUUUGGUUGUAGACCGUCGGCUAAAAUGGUUCAUCAUGUCUUAGAUGUGUUUUCUCAAAGCCAUAAGAAAUAGCUGCUCAAGUUCCUUGUUUAACAUGUCUGCCAUUUAGUACACGUAACAUGUUUACCUGUCAAAAACCUCUAUCCUUAUCUAUCUGACUAAAAUAAAGAUUAAAGCACUACAUAAGUAUGUUGUAAACUUGCGUUAUGAUCAAAUCAAACCCUCAAAUCUCCCAUUUCCUGAAAUCUUUUUCUCUUUUUUUACUGUAAAUGUUUUUGUCUAGGACAAGAGAAGGUGGUAUUUAAUAUAAAUAUUUCUGACAUGGUAUAAAUGUAUAUCAUAUGAGUAUUAUAUAAGAUUAAUUAAAUUAUUUCUGACGUUCUUAAUAAAAUAAAACACAUUUUAGCAUUUGUAUACUUUU